AUGCGAAGCACCGGUCUUUUCACCAUUAUGGUUUGUCUUAUUUGUGCCGCAAACUUCCAGUAUUCCAUGGCGGAAGCCGUUGAAAGUCGUGCAGCACCGGUUAAUACCAUGCUGACAGGUCUUGCUGAUAUUCUUCGAAAGGCCGGUCUCAAAGUUGUCGAAGUUGCCGGUUGGAAAACUCGUGGUCAUGGUGUAAUGAGCUCUGUGAAAGGCAUUAUUUGUCAUCAUACGGCAGGUGCAAAGACAGGUGAUUACCCCUCGCUGGCAGUAGUUCGAGAUGGUCGUCCAGACCUCAAAGGUCCAAUUGCACAACUCGGUUUAGGUCGCACUGGAACUUGGUAUGUUAUUGCAGCUGGAAAAGCUUGGCAUGCGGGCAGUACCAAAGAUGAUUCGAUCUAUGGAAAUUCAAACGCAAUUGGUAUUGAAGCCGAAGGAGUUGGUCUUCCAGCUACUGAUACUGGUCACAAGAACUGGCCGGAAGUACAAUAUCAGAGCUAUAUCAAAGGUGUCAAAGCUCUUCAAAAAGCUUAUGGUGUGGCCACUGCCCGCGUGUUGGGACACAAGGAAGCAGCGGUGCCUAAAGGCCGCAAGAUCGAUCCCAACUUUUCCAUGGCUGAAUUCCGCGCUGCGCUCAACAAGUAA